AUGACAGCAGUUGCAGUUCAACAUGGAGCUCCCCGCCAACAGUACAAUCCACACCGAUCAAAUGCCUCUCCGAAUUUAAUUUCACCCUCUGGUCAACAACCUCAGCCUCAAAGUUAUCCCUCCGCCACGGGGUCGAAUUCAAGAGAACUGCAAAACUCCACUCCGGGCACAUUAGCGACGAUGAAUUCGAGGCAUACUGUGAGCAAUGAUCCAGUCCAGCCUGUCAACGGCGCAGAUGCGGGAUAUGCAUAUGCGCAGGCAAAUCCAGGUCGCAUUCAUACCGCAACGCCGAAUGGAUCAACACCAGCAAGCACGCGGCCGACUACUUCGGCUGGAGCUACGGCCGAAUCAUCACAAGAAGACUCUGAGCCAGAUAGAACACGGCGCAGACCGGCCGCAUUACUUCGGAGAUCAAAAAGUGAUUUUGGCCCGACGGUGGAAGAUACAAAUGUAGAUAUGGAAGAUGAUAUACAAGAUUGGGGGGAAAGACAUGGAUUUGGAACUAUUUAUGCAUCCGAAGAGUAUGUUUCGCAACUAGCAAAUAACUGGUACAUGUACUUUACGGAUAAACGACACGAAACGACGGGCAACCCUAAGUCAUUGGGAUAUGAACUUCAGGAUUGGCGGAUGAAGGAUCGUCUAAAGACAGUUUCUGCAGCGUUAGCAAUAUGCCUAAACAUUGGAGUCGAACCACCCGAUCAAUUAAAGACUACACCCGGUGCAAAAUUGGAGGCUUGGCAGGAUCCCACACAUCCUCCUGUACAAAAAGCUUUGGAAACGAUUGGAAAAUCUCUACAAGCCCAAUACGAGACAUUGGCCAUUCGAACGAGAUACAAGCAGUAUUUAGACCCAUCGGUAGAGGAGACGAAGAAGUUCUGCAUAUCACUCCGCCGAAAUGCCAAAGAGGAGCGCGUUCUCUUCCACUACAAUGGCCAUGGAGUUCCAAAACCGACCUCAUCUGGCGAAAUUUGGGUAUUCAACAAAAACUACACUCAGUACAUUCCUGUCUCGUUGUAUGAUUUACAAACUUGGUUGCAAGCACCUACAUUCUUCGUUUGGGACUGUUCGGAUUCAGGUAACAUACUAAGUAACUUCCAUCGAUUUGUUGAGAAGCACGAGCAGGAAGAGCUUGAGAAUUCGAAGAAAGACCCAAACUAUAUAGUUACGAACUAUAAACCUUACAUCCACCUGGCAGCAUGUGGCGUAAAGGAAAAUCUACCCACAAAUCCCCUGCUUCCUGCUGAUGUGUUUACAUCAUGUCUCACUACACCUAUCGAAAUGGCAUUAUGGUUUUUCGUUCUUCAGAAUCCACUUCCAUCUCAGAUCACACCAGAGCGGGCCAAAAAGCUUCCUGGUAGGCUACAAGAGAGACGAACUCCUUUAGGAGAGUUGAACUGGAUAUUUACAGCAAUCACAGAUACAAUAGCUUGGACUACUCUUCCUAGGCCUUUGUUCAGAAAGUUCUUCAGACAAGAUUUAAUGGUUGCAGCUUUAUUCAGAAACUUUCUGUUGUCACAGAGGAUUAUGUCGGCCUAUGGAUGCCACCCACAAUCGUAUCCAGAGCUUCCGGACACUCAUCAACAUCCUCUUUGGGAAAGUUGGGAUUUGGCAGUGGAAAUGGCUUUAGCACAAUUACCAUCGCUAGAGAAGAAGGAGGCAGGGCAACUUCCGGACUAUGAAUUUCAGAAUUCCAGUUUCUUCACAGAACAGCUUACGGCAUUUGAGGUUUACCUGACCCAAGGCGCUGUAACCCACAAAGCUCCCGAUCAGCUUCCAGUGGUUCUUCAGGUACUUCUUAGCCAGCAACAUCGAGUACGAGCCUUGAUACUAUUAGGAAGGUUUCUCGACAUGGGUCCCUGGGCAGUAAAUCUCGCUUUGAGCAUAGGCAUCUUCCCGUAUGUUUUGAAGUUGCUGCAAUCGGCGGCAGCAGAGUUGAAGCCUGUAAUGGUGUUCAUCUGGACUCGUGUUCUGGCUGUUGACCUCACAUGUCAACAAGAUCUAUUGAAAGAUAGUGGCUACAACUACUUUUCGAGUAUACUGAGACCAAAUGAAGGGCUUCCAGUGGUAGAUAGCCUUGAGCAUAAAGCUAUGUGUGCCUUCAUCCUUGCCAUGCUUUGCAAUGGAUACAAGCAAGGGCAAAAUGUCUGCAAUCAAACAGACAUCAUGACUUACUGUUUAACACAUUUGCAGAAUGCAGAUAAUCCACUUUUGCGUCAGUGGGCGUGCCUAUGCAUCAGUCAACUCUGGAAUGAUCUUCCAGAAGCAAAAUGGCGAGGCAUCAGAGAGAAUGCGCCCGCGAAGUUGUCUAGUCUGGUUCGUGAUGUGGUUUGCGAAGUGAGAGCCGCCAUGUUAUAUGCCAUGACAACUUUCUUGGGAAUCCCUGAUCUGACAGACGAAGUUGCCCGGAACGAGGAGUCAAUAUCCUGGACUGUUAUCGAAAUGGCAAAUGAUGGGAAUGCCAUGGUCCGCAAAGAACUUCUAGUCUAUUUCUCCAAGCUUAUACAUCGAUAUGAGAGCAAGUUUUGGGUUGUUGCAUUCGAGCAAUUGCAAGAAGAACGAGAGUACCGACAACACCCCCCCGUCGACGAUGGGAAUGAUCAUAAAAUGGGACUCCAUUAUGCGAGUAUGGAAAACAGAAAUAAGGACGGUACCAUCAAGGCCACAGCUCAGGGCUUAUCACACAAUUCUAUCUUUGCCGUGGUUUGGAAACAUGUUCUGAUCAUGACAAUCGAUCCCCAUCCUGAAGUCCAGCGCAAUGCAACCAUCAUCGUGGACUGUGUUCAUACAUCGCUCCUUCAAUCACCUGUUGGAGUUGCAGCACGCAGUCUGUUUGACGAUAUAAGUCGACUUUCAGCGAAACCAAAGGCUUCAAAACAACACGUCUCCGAGCAGAGACCAAGCACACCAACGAGGCAAGAUACCUUAUCGAGUACAAGUUCUAGCCAGCAAGGUUUACUCAAAAGAACGGCUAGUUACCUGUUUACUUUACCGUUUGUAGGUUCCACUGGUGAAGUCACGCCCCCGGACUCAACUGGAAGAUCAGGGUUGAAGUCACCAGGCCUUCAGCGGAAUUCUCUGCCGAUGCGAUCACGUCUCCCACCAGAUUUCAACACCCCACCGGAACAGAACGACAUCGCAUCGACCCCAGGCACAUAUCAUGUAGCGAAUGAGCCAACCUCGGGUGGAUUUCAACCUCGAAAGCUGUCGGAUCCGAUUUCCAUACCCUUGGAAAGCACUUUCUUAGAAUGGUCGAUUGAAUAUUUCCGCGAGCCCCAAAUGAAACAAAAUGAGGCUGAAGAGCCCGGUAGUACUGAUUAUAACGAACGACUUUGGCGUAGAUCAAGGAAUGAAGCAAUCUUGCGAGAAACUCAACCUCAGAAAGAAAUCGCUGGUAAUGGUAAAUGGACACACGCUACCGGAUUCUUUAACAACUCCAGUCAGCCAACAAAAAUGACUCUCCAUCAAUUUGAAGAUCAUCUUGCUGUGUCUGAUGAUCGUGAUACAAUUUGUGUUUGGGACUGGAAGAAACAAGACCGCUUGAGUCGAUUCUCGAAUGGGAAUCCGGAGGGCUCAAGAAUUAGCGAUCUCCAGUUUAUCAAUGAAGACGAUCAGGCGUUUUUGUUGACAGGGUCCUCAGAUGGUGUGAUUCGUAUAUAUAGGAAUUAUGACUCUGACAAAAAGAUUGAGGUUGCUUCGGCUUGGAGAGCUCUGACUCAUCUUGUCCCAAGUAACGUUAAUUCUGGAAUGGUAUUUGACUGGCAACAAGUGACGGGCAAGCUAUUAGUGGCCGGUGAUGUCAAGGUGAUUAGGGUAUGGGCUGCGGCAGCGGAGCUUUGCAUUGUGGAUAUUAACGCGCGAUCUGGUUCUUGUGUUACUUCAUUAACUUCGGAUCAGAUGACAGGAAAUGUUUUCGUGGCCGGUUUUGGUGAUGGAGCUAUUCGAGUAUUCGACGCUCGAAACAAGCCACAAGAAGCUAUGGUAAAGAAAUGGAAGGACGAAUCUGACAGGGUAUGGAUCAAGAAUGUACACAUGCAACGAGGUGGGCAAAGAGAGCUUCUCUCCGCUAGCCGUAAUGGCAAAGUUAAACUUUGGGACAUUCGAAUGGAUAAACCACUACGAGUAAUCCAAGCUACAAAGGAAACCUUACGUACUGCAAGCACUCAUGAGCAUCUUCCGGUAUUCGCUGUAAGGCGUCUUGAUCGAUUAUCACAUUGUUUGGCGUACUGGGAGUUGUGGCUAAACAUGAACUGA